UUCAUAUUCACCCUCUCCCUUUCACAGCCAAAGAAAUCAAUCAAACUUUUUAAAUCAAAAUUAAAAUUAUAUAUUCAUCUUUUAUAAAAAAAAUAAAUUCAAUCAAUAAUUAGCAGUUCUUGUUCCUGCACCCGUGGUUCCAACCUUUUUGUUCUCGAACCUCCCAAAUCUUCUUCCUUCUCUUCAGUUUUUGUCCGUUUUUCUCUGCUUGAUCUUCUCAUCAUGACUCGUUUAUGAAAAGAUUCCGUUUUCAGAAUAACCACAUACAGCAAUUCUGCUGUGCGACUGCAUCAAGUUCCGAUUUUUGUUAGUGGGGUAUUGAUUUUUGGAUCUGGGUGUGUGGAAGGUGGGUGAGAAAUAGUGGGUUGUUGUUGAUUUACCACAGAGAUUAGAUGGAGAGAGGUGAAGACAGUGAUGGUGGUUGUGGGUGGAGCUGAAAGAUGGAGAGGGAUAAAAAAAUUUGGAAUCAGUUUUAAGAAAUAAUGCUGUAUUUGAAGCAGCCUAGAGUUCAGGAUAUGAGCUUGGAUUUUUUUUGUUGUGGACUUUUUGCAUUGUGGUGAUUCUGAAUUUUGGUUAUUUGUGUGGCUCUUUGCAUGCCAUUUGGUGGUUUCCCUGAGCCAGAGGCUCGGGGGAUCUGAGUGUUACAGAAAAAAAUCAUGGCAUCGUCAGAGAAUGAACCUUGUCACUCUCCUUCUGCCUCUGAUCAAACUCGUCCUCCUCCUCCUUCUAAUGUCUGUAUACAGAAAUUUAGACUAUAUGAGACUCGAUCGAACUUUUACAUGAUAGGAAGGGACAAGACCAGGACAUAUUGGAGAGUACUAAAGAUUGAUCGUCUAGAUCCUUCCGAACUAAAUUUACGUGAAGAUUCCACCACAUAUACAGAAAGUGAAUGUUCUGAUCUUUUGAGACGGAUACAUGAGGGUAACAAGUCAACAGGUGGACUUAAAUUUGUUACAACUUGUUAUGGAAUUGUAGGGUUCAUCAAAUUUUUGGGACCGUACUACAUGGUGCUUAUCACAAAAAGAAGGCAAAUUGGUGCAAUCUGUGGUCAUACAGUAUAUGCUGUCUCGAAGAGUGAGAUGAUUCCAUUGCCAUAUUCUUCAGUUCGGUCUAACAUCAAUGAUAAAAAUGAAAACAGGUACAAGAGGCUCUUAUGCAUGGUUGACCUUACAAAGGACUUCUUUUUCAGCUACUCAUAUCACAUCAUGCGUAGUCUUCAGAGGAACAUGUGUGAUAAUGAGACAGGCCAUGUUCUUUAUGAGACAAUGUUUGUUUGGAAUGAGUUCUUAACAAGGGGAAUUAGAAAUCACCUCCAAAAUACUAUUUGGACAGUUGCACUAGUUUAUGGCUUUUUUAAACAGGAUACAUUCAUGAUAUCUGGACGGGAGUUUAUACUUACACUCAUUGCAAGACGAUCACGACAUUAUGCUGGCACUAGGUAUUUGAGGCGAGGUGUUAAUGAGAAAGGCAGAGUAGCAAAUGAUGUUGAGACAGAACAAAUGGUCUUUGAGGAUGUUCCAGAAGGUUUUCCCAUCCAAAUAAGCUCUGUCAUCCAGAACCGUGGUUCAAUCCCCCUUUUCUGGUCACAGGAAACAUCAAAACUAAAUAUUAAACCAGAUAUUAUAUUGUCAAAGAGGGAUCAGAAUUAUCAAGCCACUAGACUUCACUUUGAAAACCUAGUCAAAAGAUAUGGGAAUCCCAUUAUUAUUUUGAAUUUGAUUAAGACCCAUGAGAAGAAGCCUCGUGAGUCCAUACUUCGGGCAGAGUUUGCUAAUGCUAUAGAUAUUAUUAAUAAGGAUUUAUCUGGGGAGAGCAGGCUUAGGUUUCUUCAUUGGGAUCUGCACAAACAUUUUCAGAGCAAAGCUACAAAUGUCUUGCAGCUUCUAGCCAAAGUGGCUGCAUAUGCAUUGGCUUUAACAGGUUUUUUCUAUUGCCAAGCAACACCGACAUUAAGACUAGAAGAAUCUCUAAAUUGGCCAACUACAGAUAAUGUUAAGGCAACCUAUUCACCUACUGGACCUGUCAAUGAUGACAACGAGGAUGCUAACAAUUUGGAAAGGAAACCAAGCGAAGGAAACAACAAUGUCAUCGAAACUCAUUCUACCAAGCCUCCUAAGUUGCAGACGGGGGUGCUGAGGACCAACUGCAUUGACUGUUUGGAUCGCACAAAUGUUGCACAAUAUGCAUAUGGGUUGGCUGCUCUUGGACGCCAGCUCCAUGCUGUGGGAGUUAUUGACCACCCAAAGAUUGAUCUCGAUGAUCCUGUAGCUGAGGAUUUAAUGGGUUUUUAUGAGCGGAUGGGUGAUACUCUUGCUCAUCAGUAUGGUGGUUCAGCAGCGCACAAUAAGAUUUUCUCUGAGAGGAGGGGUCAGUGGAGAGCUGCAACACAGUCUCAAGAAUUUUUUAGGACUCUUCAACGCUAUUACAGCAAUGCAUACAUGGAUGCUAUGAAACAGGAUGCAAUCAAUGUAUUUCUGGGGCAUUUUCAGCCACAACAGGGUAAGCCUGCUCUAUGGGAGUUGGAUUCAGAUCAGCUCUAUGAUACAGCAAGACCUGGAGAGGAUGAUUCAAGGUCAUUUUUUAAAAGAUCCUUCUCAGAUGGGAACAUUCUUAAUGAAAGUUCUACACCAAUGUCAGCCCCAAAUGCCAGCCACGUAAAAUUCCAAAGCCAAUUCUUGUCAGACCGAUUAGAAGAUGGAGGCAAGGGUCUUACUGAAUCAGCACCCGAAAUAUCUACUGCUGAGAAUGACAUCACGUUUUCAAGGUACACUCCCACAAUUCCUCGGAGAAAUCUCUUUGGAGAUAUGCAAAGAGAGCGUUGCGUUGAAAGUGGUCAUAUUUGCAAUCCUGAUCACGGAGAUUCCUUCAGCUGCUCCAACUUUGUUGAUCUGGAUUGGCUGUCGUCUUCAGCAAAUUCAUGUGAAGAAGAGCCAUUUGAGAGAUCAUCAAUCAUUAACUCUCCAAUUGCUGGAGUUUCUUCCGAAAAUGUUGUCAAUGGAAUAAUGGUAGGAGAAGCAACUGCCUCCACAAGUGAUUGGGGGGCCUCCAGCCUAAAGGGAGGAGAGCGAACUGAAUCUGAGUUAUCGUAUGGUAAUUCACAAUCCAACACAGGAGAGGAAUUUCCAGAUACUUUUGCACAAUGGGUGUCUUAUGGACAAACACUUUGCCAUUGAAGUUUGCACAUGAUAUCUUGCACUAAUAUAUAAUUGACAUUUUUUUUUGCUUGGUCUAAACAUGCUGAUUAGAAGAGAAGACUAGAGAGAAGGAACAGAGUAAAGAAGAACCAAGCAUUUGGAUAGGCUUUCUGUGUAUGUGGUGCUAAUCUAAGAACAAUCCUGAGGCCAGUCUCGGUAUUGACAUCUCAAAAUCUCGAUCCAACCCUCGAGGCAUAGUAGAAAAGAAAAAUAGUGCAUAGCAAGUGCUUGUAAAAUUCUUCAGUCUUUUCCUUUCAUUUUAUUUUAUGUUGUUGCCUUCUUGGAGUUCAAUAUUUUCAAUUUUCUUUGAGCAGUUAUAGUAGGUGGUGCACUUUUCUGUAAAUAUUAUUACCCUGCUUAUGGGAGUUUUAUUUUUAGAAUUGUAGAUAAUUGAUUCUUUUUAAGUAAACUUUGCUUGCUGUAAGGUGGUGAAUUAAACAUUGAAGAAGCGGAAUAAGUGGUUCACCAAUUUUACCUUUUGA